AUGGAUAUCGACGACAUCCUCGCCUCCGUCGACCGCGGCCCCGGCGCCAGCCCGGAGUCCGCCGCCCUCGACCACCAACAAUUAACGCGCUUCUGGAUCGCCGAACGCGCCGUCUCGGAGGUCCUACCCUGGCCGGCGCCACUGAUGGAGCGAAUGAUGGACCGCGUGCGCAUCCAGAUCGAAACAAUCGAAGACCUCGCCGCAUCAUCCGCAGACACAGUAUCCAACAGCAACACAUCCCACAACCCAAACCUAAACCUACGCCUCUCAAUCCUCCAAACAGACCUCGCCCGCACCCAAUACAUACUCCGCUCCUUACUACGCGCGCGCCUCGCAAAACUCACAAAACACAGCAUGCACUACCUCGUCCAACUAGCCAGCCGCAACAAAAACCCGCUCUCAUCAGCCUCGCAAUCCCAGUCCCAAUCGUCUACAAACCCCAACACCACGCCCGAAGACUCAGUCCCCGAUAUCUCGGCGCUAGUCGAUACGGCGCCGCUCUCGGGGCCGGAGACGAGCUUCGUACACGCGCACCAGACGUUACUGGCCGGACACUAUGGAGGCUCGUUUUUGGGCGCGUUCCCGCCGCAGUUGAGGCGGUUGGAUGAUAAUGCUGGUGGGACGAGUAUGGUGCAGGGGCCGGAGACGAGGGAGGUUGUUUUUGUGAGGUGUUUGGGGGCGGAGGUUCCUGUUUUUGUGGAUGGGGAGGACGGAGAGCAGGAUGUUGGUGUUGUGAUGCGGAUGGGAGAUGUUUGGGUUGUUAGGUGGGAGGGGGUUAGGAGGGCUUGGGAGAGGGGGGAGGUGGAGUUGCUGUAA